AUGGCCGAUUAUGACCUCUCCCGUCAAAUCCAGCCCGCAGUCGGCAUGAGACAAGGCUUGCCAAACUACGGCGACCCUCACUUUUCUCUCUUCCUUCGCAAAGUCUUCAUCAAGGCACUAGGUUAUAGCGAAGAGGCGCUUUCAAGACCCAUUAUUGGCAUAGUCAACACUUAUUCGGGCUUCAAUCCUUGUCACGGCAAUGUCCCGCAGCUCAUCGAAGCCGCAAAGAGGGGUGUCCAGCUAAACGGCGGAUUGGCCAUUGACUUCCCAACUAUCAGCGUCCAUGAAUCGUUUUCUACUCCUACCAGCAUGUUACUACGGAACCUCAUGAGCAUGGAUACCGAAGAGAUGAUUAAGGCGCAACCAGUGGACGCAUGCAUUGUUAUUGGUGGAUGCGACAAGACGGUUCCGGCUCAGUUAAUGGGUGGGAUAUCAGCCAAAAAGCCCGUAUUGCCCCUGAUAACGGGUCCCAUGAUGCCAGGAAGCUUCAGAGGCGGUCGCAUCGGAGCCUGUACUGAUUGUCGCAACAAUUGGGCCGCUUUCCGAGCCAAUGAGAUAGAUAUUGAAGACAUUUCUGCUCUGAAUGAGGAACUUGCGCCGACUGUUGGGACCUGCGGCGUCAUGGGCACAGCGAGUACCAUGGCCUGCUUGACAGCUGCUCUUGGACUUGUGCCUCUACGAGGCGGCGCAACCGCUUCUGCUGUCUCCAGUGCCAGACUUAGGAUAGCAGAGCAAACAGGUGCAAAUGCCGUGAAAGCAGCCCAGCACAAACUCACACUCCAGUCGAUCCUUUCGGAAGCAUCUUUCCACAACGCCAUUACUGUUUUGCAAGCAAUCGGCGGGUCGACAAACGGUAUCGUUCACCUGCUUGCUAUUGCAAAUCGUCACCCGGAGAUGUACGAUAAAAUCACGCUGCAGACGGUGCAUAAAAUAGGAGAGAAGACGCCUCUCCUGGUUGAUCUCAAACCUAGCGGCGAUAACUACAUGACUGACUUUCAUAAUGCGGGCGGCAUUCCAGCUCUUUUACGUACAUUGCGGCCUCUCCUGAAGCUCGAUGCUCUAACAAUAACGGGUGAAACACUUGGAGAAGCUCUGGACGCUGAGAAUUUUCGCCCCUUUGCUUUUUCAGCUCAAAUUAUAAGGCCAUUGGAUGAACCGUUGUACCCAUGCUCGAGUCUCGCUGUAUUGUAUGGCAACAUUGCGCCGAAAGGGGCUGUCAUCAAAGCCAGUGCCAGCAAGUAUCGACAUUUGCUUAAGCACCGGGGCCGAGCCGUGGUGUUUGCCGGUCUUGAGGAUCUUGCGAAGCGUAUUGACGAUCCCAACUUGGACGUUGACGAAAACUGCGUUUUGGUUUUGCAGGGAAUAGGGCCUAUUGGCUUUUCAAGCCCAGGAAUGCCGGAGGCUGGGCUGAUUCCCAUUCCACGUAAGCUCGCAGCUCGCGGGGUCAAAGACAUGUUGCGUCUUUCGGAUGGCCGCAUGUCUGGCACGGCGGGAGGGAGUAUCAUUUUGCAUAUUUCGCCGGAAGCUGCUUUGCCAGACAGUGUGUUGGCUGUUGUGAGAGACGGAGAUAUAAUACACUGUGAUGUUGAGAGACAAAAGCUCGAAGUAGAGCUUAGUCCUUCUGAGAUUGAUUCAAGAGUCAAGGAUAGGAUUCAUAGACUUGAGGGGAAACUGGAAGCUAGAGGCCCUGCAGAAUUCAAGAGACAGCUGACUCGUGGUUAUAGAGGGUUAUAUGAAAAGAGCGUGACGCAGGCUGAUAAGGGAGUGGACUUUGACUUUUUAACUGCGCAAGGAGCUGUUCAAUGA